GCUCUCUCAACCGAUACCACAACAGCCACCCCCUCCGCGAGCGGGCUCGGAAGCUGUCGCAAGGCAUCCUCAUCAUCCGGUAAGGCCCCAGCAUCACCUGAGGACCCCACCUGCAUGUCACCCUGCAUCAGUCUCAAGGAGAAUUCAGCCUCUCCUGAUCAGCCCGAUGCUGUGGGGUUGUAACAAAAAAUAAAUAAUAAAGCAGAAAGGCUCUGUAUCAGUCAGCUCCUGCUGCGUAACAAAACAGUCAGCAUUGAUUUUUGUUCACAUGUUUGCAGCUCAGCUGGAUGGCUCUACUGGGCUUUGGAAGGGCUGGGUUGGGCUGAUGUGGGCUGGGCUCUCUCCUGGCUCAGGGUUGGCUGGCUGGGGACUGGCUGUUCUAGCUGGGCCUUGACCUAGACUGCUGGGCUCUGCUCCAUGUUGUGGCUCAUCCUCCAGCAAGCCAGCCUGGACUUGCUCACACAGCGCCCCAUCAGGGCUCCAGAAGAGACCCAGAACUGGCACACUGUCUCUUCUGUCUCAUCAGUUGCCCAAAGUAGUUCGUGAUUCCAGGGUGGGGCAACUGACUCCACCUCUUGAAGGAAAGUGCCACAGAGUCAUAGUGCAAGGGUCAUGGAUAUGCAGAGGAUGAAGGAUCAAAGUCAUUGGUGCAGUCAAGCCAGGACAGAAAAUGGCCCUUCCCACCAGGUUCUCCUCUUGUGUCUGGCCAGCAUUCCAGGUCGGGUCGUCUGUGGCAGGAAACAGAAGCCAGCUUGUGUCACCCCAGAAGGGCGAGCCCCUUACUGUUCCUUCUCUGCCCAUCUCUCCUUCCUGGUGGACUCUAUCUUCCAUCUCCAGGGUCUACCUUGGGUCUGAGCAGAAGAUCCAAUGACAAGAGGUGGGAAUAUCUGUAGAAAAGGAAUCAAGAUGGUGAGUUCCAGCAGGGGCCUCAGAGGCCACAGGGCUGAAGGACACCACAAAACUCCCACCACAUCUCCAUACUCCAGAGCCAACCAAACUCGCCCACCUCGGCCCUGCCCACACCUCCUCUGUUCACUUGUCAGCUGAGCCCUCAUCUCAUCUGUACAACGUCUUUAACUCGACUCAUUAUUUAUGACUUAAUGGUUUUAUUUUAAAAGGAAAGCAAUAUCACUAGUGUCCACAGAAAAACAAAAUCACAUAUCAUAAGAACCAUGAAAAAGAAGUACAGCAACAACACAACUUUACUUAACUCUAAUCGGACACUGCUGCCCAGUGACAGCUCCCUGUGGCCUCCUUCCUCCUCUGCCCUCAAGUUUGUUUAGCCAAUGUGGCGAGGUAUGAAAGACACAGCAGCACCCAAAGGAGCUUCUCACCUGGACUCUGUCAUUCGGCUGAUUCGAGAUGCCGUACAACAUCUGGUGCGACGGCUGUAAGAACCACAUCGGCAUGGGUGUUCGUUACAACGCAGAGAAGAAGAAGGUUGGCAAUUACUACACAACCCCAAUCUACAGGUUCCGGAUGAAAUGCCACCUCUGCGUCAACUACAUCGAGAUGCAGACAGACCCCGCCAACUGUGACUAUGUGAUCGUGAGUGGUGCCCAGCGCAAGGAGGAGCGCUGGGACAUGGUGGAGAACGAGCAGGUGCUGACCACAGAGCAUGAGAAGAAGCAGAAGCUGGAGACAGAUGCCAUGUUCCGCCUGGAGCACGGCGAGGCUGACCGGAGCACACUCAAGAAGGCACUGCCUACCCUGAGCCACAUCCAAGAGGCCCAGAACGCCUGGAAGGACGACUUCGCCCUCAACAGCAUGCUGCGGAGACAGUUCCGGGAAAAGAAAAAAGCCAUCCAGGAAGAGGAGGAGAGAGAUCAGGCGCUGCAGGCUAAGGCCAGCCUGGCCAUCCCGCUGGUGCCGGAGACAGAGGAUGACCGCAGACUGGCCGCCCUGCUCAGGUUCCACACCCUGGACUCAUAUGAAGACAAGCAAAAGCUGAAGCGGACGGAGAUCAUCAGCCGCUCCUGGUUCCCCUCCACCCCAGGACCCAGCACCAGCAGUGGCAGCAAGGCCGGCAGCGUCCUGAAGAAGUUAGUCCAGAGCCGCAGAGCCACCCCCGCCAGUUCCCCUGUCACAGUAGGGGACCUGGGCAUUGUGCGUCGGCCAUCCCGAGAAGUCCCUGAGAGCCCCCAGCUUGCGGCUGAGACCCCAAAGUCUGGGGAGCCACAGGUGCCAGAAAGGUCUGCUCAGGAGAGGCCCGCAGACUGCCCUGAGGAGACAACCUGGACCCCCAAUACCAGUGGGCCUCGUGGGCAGAAGGGGAACUGUCAGGAAAAGUCCCUGUCCCCACCAGGCUCCUCCCAGGAGACAGCUGACCCUCCGGACACGCCGCACCCCUGCAGCCUCGGCUCCUCCCUCGUGGCUGACUACUCCGACUCGGAGAGUGAGUGAGCGGUUCCGGGGACUGGACCCACUGCUGAGGCCGGGACACACCCAGGAAGCCCCUCACAGUCUGCAGACCUCACUCACCCACCAGCCCUUGGAGAGCUCAGAUGCCGCCCCCUCCCCAGACCUCGACUUCCUGCAACAAUGGAGUUGUUAUUUAUUUGGUUCUGGUUAGGGUGUUUGUGCCUUGUGGGACCCCUGACAACCAGACAUUAAAGGCCUGUAUCUUUGCCUGUGA